AUGGUGAGCUCCAAGAACUAUUACUGGGAAGGGAUCAGUUUGAUCUCAUCACCACAUGAAGACAUCAUCUCAGACAGUUUUCUCAUCAGGUCAGGACCUCCUGCUGUCUACCAGCUGAGAGCAAAGAAACAGAAGAUUGGAACUCUGACAAGAAUGACUGUUGGAGAAAAACGUCCAAACAAGCCGAACAGAACCAUCUUACUGGUGGGAGAAACAGGAGCAGGAAAAUAUACUCUGAUCAACGCUCUGCUCAACUACACCAUGGGAGUGAAGUGGGAGGACGGAGUCUGGUUUAUGAUCACAGAGGAGGGGAGGAUGAUUCAAAUAGAAGGACAUAUAGAAAGCCCGACAUCAGAUGUGAUCGUGUAUGAGAUCUUUGGUUUUGAAGAUAAAACUCUGCCCUACUCUCUGACCAUCAUCAAUACUCCUGGAUAUGGAAACACCAGAGGGACUGAACAUCAUGACAUCAUCAGUCACAGAUUAUUGGACUUGUUUCAAUCAGAGGAUGGAGUCCAUGAAGUUCAUGCUGUGGGUCUGGUGAUGAAGGCGACUCUGAUCACACACUCAGAUGGAAGAAGACCUAAAAACACUCUUCAAGCUCUUAAAGCUGCAAACAUUAAAUGUGCCAAAGAUGAGAAGAAUCGGUCUGUUCACUUCCUGUUUAAUAACUGCCAGCAUGAAGAGCGAAUGGAGGAAAACACAAUUUUUAAAAAUUCAUGGGAACUUUCACAAACAAACAUGGAUCAUUUGACAAACUUGUUGGGAAAAUUGAAUCCUCAAAAACGGAUGAAAACAGCCGUAGUGUUAAAUGAUCGGAUAAGACUGAAAGCCUCCAUCCAAAACCUGGAAGACAGAAUCGAGCUGGCUGAACUGAAACAGACAGAAAUCAAACAGAUCCGAGAAGCUCUGAAGCAGACGAAUCACAGAAAUAAAAUUGAAAUUGAGAAAUUAUUGAGUCUUUUGGAAAAUCUUGAAAAGGAAAUGAAAGUGCUGACAGCAGAAAAGCAAAAGUGGCUAAGUGACUCGUACCAGCAUGCUGUCAGACUGGAGGAAAUCGCUCUGAAAGCUGAUUCAGCAUCCACUGUUGUCCACUUGGACUUCCUGAUUGAGAAGAUGAAGGAGGAAGGAGACACAGAGAAGGUCCAGAAACUGGAGGAGAUGAGGAGAGAGGAUGGAGGAACCAAAGAAGCAGUACAAGCUUAA